GUCACCAUCCGUGUCCACUAACUGUCUAGAGCGGAGGACCGUGAGGCCUUGGCUCCACGGUGAUGCAGCCCUCAAACACCUGCGCCAGGAGGAUUCGCUGCAUCUGCGGAAACAAGCUCAAACAGAGCAUCGUCUCAUCCAGAGCAGCGUGUUCACGAUUCAGUGGUUGUUCAAGCGUCUGCCUGUUCAGGCGUCGAGGGUACCGCUGCUGCCAAACGCGGAAGGAGUUGCUCGACUUCGAAACAUCCAGCUACAUUUUGGGCAUCACUCACUCUUGCCGCCACACCUCAGACACUCAACUGUCAGAACCACUUUGCGAUCCCACUGGAAUUCCCCUUCAGCUCAACCUUUUGCAUUGUUUACUAUUCAGCUUCUCGCAGCAUGAAUCAAGCCUUUCGUGGCCUCGGCGACACAGCGACACACAGACCCUGAUUUGCAGGUUGCAGCGAACCAUAGUGACCCGCUUUGAUCUACCAGAACCACCGACGCCUCGAGUGGACUCGCUAAGAAGAGGCUAGUACAUCAUGACGUAGCCUUUUGCGAUUCCCAGUUCCCAGAUCCAGUUUUCCAGGCACGCUUUGACGGAGCUGUGACAGAGCUUUGACAGAUCGACUUGUGGCUGUGAUGGUGUUGACAACUUCAAGGUCAGGAUGCAACGACACGCGAUACGAUACAAUUGGUAUUUGCUAUGGGGUGGAAUAGACAAUGUGCUACAAAUUCCAGCACGCA